AUGACCUUCCUGACUCUGACGCCUUGGUCGCGCCGCAACGCGUACGACGAGGAUGGAAGGGUCUGGUAUGAGGAGUGUAUCUCGGCCAGAUUUAUUCGGCCUGUUGAAGAGGCCGUGAGGGCGGCCCUGACGAAUGCAGAUUGGGACCCUCUCACCCCCAAAGGCAGCAAGGUGAAGAAGGUAUCAGCCGGGCCGCCCCGGCCAAGUGCUCCGGCCAUGGUCGCCUCCAGGGUGCCGGCCCCUCCCCUGGCUAGGUCAGCGGCCGUGGCCUCCACCGCGGCCCCAUCAUCGACCGCGGCCUCAGCUCCCAGGGCGACGCCUGUGGACGUGGUAAUAGUCGAGGAGGAGGCUACGGUCGAGGACGCGGCCGCUGCCCACAUGGUGGUUGAGGAGGCGGGGGCCGCAGAAACGACGGUUGAGGGGGCAGCCGCCGUCGAAGAAGUGGCUGAGGCGAUGGAUGCUGAGAUCGCGCCUGCAGAGGUGACGGCCGAAGAGAUUGCCGAGGAAACCGCCGAAGAGGCCGCUGAGGGAGCUGCCGACGAGGGCGAAGAGGAGGCCAUUGCAGAGGCCGCUGAGGAGGCAACUGACGAGGCCGCCGAAGAACCUGCUGUGGACGCGACAAGUGGGCUUUUGACGUCCACCCCUCGUCGCCCAAGCGGCAUCUCCAUUCGCUCGCCUUCCCAAUCGUCGCCGCCGCUGGCCAUGGUUGCCGCGACCAUAUCUCCCAUGCCGUCGUUCCAUGACUCAACGGUCGUGGCCGAGCCGGUGGUGACUGGAGCUACGGUCGUGAGUGUGCCGAGUCUCCUGCGGACUACUUCGGCAGUGAUGACCGACCUUUCGCUCCCUGAGGCCACCUCCUCUGAUGAUCUUGAGGAGCUAUACGCCAGCCUCCAUGAGGAAGGGGGAAGCUCGGCCUCGGCUCCGUUGGACGAGGAUUCCAAGACCGUUAUUGAACGGCUCCGGGAGUUUCUUCUCCUUGAUGUUCGGCAGAUGACCACCGCCGGGGCGAUCACGGAGUUUAGGUCCUGCUUAGAUACGGCCAUGGCACUCGGUCUGCUCGACUCGGAGUGGUUGCU